UUUGGAAAGUGCCACGUUUGGGGCCGCGGGCCGGGGAGAGCCGGCUCGGGGCUGCCUCGGGGUCGCCGGCACCCGGGCGCUGGACGUUGGCGGCCGGCCGGGGAACCCGAGUGGUGACGGAGCCCGCUUGUCGUCAGGGCUCCGAGGCUGUGUGGGCGUCGGCAAAGACCUGGGCUAAGGAGAGCCGGGAGCAGCGUCCGGGGUGGCGGCGGUGGGACCGAGGCUGCCUCUCUGAUACCCCGCCGCGAUGUUGGCGGAAAACCUGGUGGAGGAGUUUGAGAUGAAGGAGGACGAGCCCUGGUACGACCAGCAGGACCUGCAGCAAGAUUUGCAACUUGCUGCUGAGCUUGGGAAGACCUUGUUGGAUCGGAACACAGAGCUCGAGGAGUCUCUUCAGCACAUGUAUGCAACCAAUCAGGAGCAAUUACAAGAAAUUGAGUACCUGACCAAGCAAGUGGAGCUCCUACGACAGAUGAAUGAACAACAUGCUAAGGUUUACGAGCAGUUGGAUGUCACUGCAAGGGAACUAGAAGAGACAAAUCAGAAGCUAGUUUCAGACAGCAAGGCGUCUCAGCAAAAGAUACUAAGUCUGACAGAAACAAUCGAAUGCCUACAGAGCCAUGUUGACCACCUCCAGAACCAGAUGGAAGAGCUGAAGACCUCUAGUGGCAGGAGAGGGAGCCAGGAGAGAUGUGAGCAGCGAAAGUCAAUGCACAGCUUCUCAUGUCUGAAGGAACUUUAUGACCUACGCAAGCACUUUGUGUAUGAUCACAUAUUUGCUGAGAAGAUAACCUCUAUGCAUAAUCAGCAAACCCCUGAUGAAGAAGAAAAUGAGAACUUGAAAAAGACGGUCACGAUGUUGCAGGCGCAGCUGAGCCUGGAGCGGAAGAAGAGAAUGACUAUGGAGGAGGAGUAUGGGAUGGUACUGAAGGAGAACUGUGAUCUGGAACAGCAGCUGGGCGCCUCAGAUGCUUACCGAGCACGAGCACUGGAGCUGGAAGCAGAGGUGGCAGAAAUGCGCCAAAUGCUGCAGACACAACAUCCGUUUGUUAAUGGUGUUGAAAAGCUAGUGCCUGAUUCAUUGUUCCUUUCUGUCAAAGAACCCAGUCAGACCCUGCUUGAAGAAAUAUUCCUGGCUGCACCAGAGCUGAGCAAAAAGCCUCUCAAACGCAGCAGCAGUGAAAUCGUCCUGAGUAGUCUGGCUGGGAGUGACAUCGUCAAGGGCCAUGAAGAGACUUGCAUCAGGAAAACUGAGGCCAUGAAGCAGAGAGGUAUUUCCCUGUUGCAUGAAGUAGACACCCAAUACAGAGCUCUGAAGGUCAAAUACGAAGAGCUGCUGAAGAAGUGCCAACAGGAAGAGGACUCCCCAAAACAUAAGGCUGUGCAGACUUGUAGGGGUCCUGCCCCAGCCCUGAAUGUGAGGAGCACAGAAGCUGAGCCGGUCCCCAGCAGCCAGGAACUGGCCAGCAUCAUUCCAGACUCAAGAAGUUCUACCACCACCCCUCCUCCAGAAUACAAAGCUCUCUUCAAGGAGAUCUUUAGUUGCAUUAAGAAAACUAAGCAAGAAAUAGAUGAACAAAGAACAAAGUAUCAGUCUCGCUCACCGCAUUCUUAGCUAACCUGCUUGUGAUAUUCUAGCUCUUGCUGUUAUACCUUUUCCCUCAUCUCUCCACUUCAAGCCAGGGUUUAUAGUUGGUCCAGCUCACGCAGUGGCCACUGUAAAUGCUGCAAAUGAAGUCUCCCUCUUUGCUGACCCCACAAAUGUAUGGAGCAAGGAGAGGAAGCAGAGUAGACAUUAGGGUCAGUAGCUAUGACAAAACUAGCCUGCUCUCUGCAGAACAGGGGCUGGUGCAUGGACUUGAAUGGAGUUUAUAUCCCAGAAAGGGUGAACAGGGUGUAUGUAGGGUUAUGUGUACUUGUGGUGGGAGGGUGGGGCCUAGAAACACUGGUACUCAAAAUGGGCACGUCAUUUUCAGCCACAUGGUCAUGGUAGGUAGCUUAGUGUGGUCGUUUAAAAGCAGGUAAAAGUCAAUGUUUGAGGCAGCUAUCCUGAAAUGUGUAUAGGAUACAUAAAAGAUUUUAAAAUACCAUCAAUUAGCUAUGGAAAAUGUACCAGAGGAUAGGCUAUUUAGUAAUGUAGUUUGUAAGAGGGCAGACUAUUUUCUAAUUUGAUUGCAUCUGGUAUUACUUAGAGUUGACUUUAAAUGUUAAAGGCAAGUUACUCAUCACCACUCAGAAAGAACCAAAGGUGGGCAAGUUAUUCACAAAGCACACUUUGUAUACUACGAAUGUGGAGAAAUCAUUAUAUUCACACUGGUUCUUGUGACCUCCUUGUUGUCAAGAACAGGUUUUUCAGAACUCAUUUGACAAGGGAAAAUGGGAGGAGGGGGAGGAGCAGCAUGGGGAUUGUUCUUAAGGCUUGAGUUAGGACUGAGGUUUUCUUCACAGAAGCCACUUGUUUAUUAUGUAUAUUCUGCAUUGAGAUGGGCAUUUAUUGGCCAACUGGCCAAAUAAGCUCUUGCUCAGUUCCUAGAAUUUUUGUCAAUGUUUCUCACUAAUUGCUUAAGUUGUAAAAACUUAUUUUCUGUCUGUUUCCUUAUUAAACAGUAUUUGUUUCUACCAGUGUGGAAGUAUAUCUACACAUGACCUAUAUACAUGCUUAUAAAUUAAGAUUAUUUAAAAGUGGAGUUCUGAACUACUGUAAAUAUUUUUUUUUUCUAAAAAUAAAGC